AUGGUCAAGUCUCUUUCACAUGAAAGGGAAAAAGCUCUGAAGAGAAAAUUGCUACUGCAGACGGAGGCUGAACGCAAGAAAAAGGCCAGAUUAGACAAGAAAAAGAAAGUCGAAGAGCUGAUAGAGAAAAGACCUGAGAUAGCAGAAGAAUUGUCUUGCCUCACCACAACGACGAAAGUAGGAAGACCAACAUACGCUCAGAAUGACAACCUUCUUCACACAAUUCAGGAGAUUGCUAUAUUAGGAUGUGGAUCAGAAGACAGAAGACGUAGUGAAAUAAUACGGUCUGUUCGCACAUUAGAUGAUCUGGUAGACGAAUUAAAAAAGCAAGGGUUUACACUAAGCCGUACUGCUGUUUAUCUUAGACUUCUCCCAUCAAGAGUAAAUACAACCCAGGGGAAACGACAUGUAACUACCGUCCCAGUUAAGUUAUGCAGAGCCUCCAAUGAUAAGAGAAGCAAAAAUCCUGAUCGUUGGUUCGCUGCCAAGUCAAUGGAGCAUGCUGAAGAACUUGCCUCUCUUUUCGGACCUGCUUUGACAUUGUUCAUUGGGCAAGAUGAUAAAGCCCAUGUACCCAUUGGUAUUACAGCAGCAAAUAUGCAAGCACCAUUGCUAAUGAGUGUCAAGUACAAAGUACAACUUCCAGAUCAUGACUUUGUUAUUGCAACCAAACACAAACUUACCCCAACUGUCAUUGGUUGUUUGCGUGAAAUUCAAGACACUCCGCUCGCUGAUAGAAAAGCAGUGAAGUACUCGGGGCCAACUCCCAUUCAGGUGAAAUCCCUGAAGCAUACUCCAUCUAACGCAUCUGUGCAAAUUGAAGCUCUUGACGAAUUGCUGAAAACUGAGGAGAUGUGCAAGCUGGAGGAUGGCUCAACCAAGCCAAUUUUGAUUCUAACCCGAGAUGGCCAUGAUGGACCACGUUUUCCUUCCACUAGAAACACCCUGGCUAGUAUCUUUAAAGAACAUGAUCUUGAUUUCAUAUUUUGUGUUUGCAAUGCUGCAGGCCUAUCAGGAUAUCACUUUAUUGAAAGAAGAAUGGCCCCAUUGAGUGCUGCCUUAGCAGGGGUGAUACUGCCUCAUGACCAGUUUGGUUCUCAUCUGGAUGCUUCCAGCAAAACGACUGACACUGAUCUUGAGGGAAAAAAUUUUCAAAAAGCAGGCGAAAUCCUUUGUGAUAUCUGGAACAAUAUAUCUAUUGAUAACCACACUGUGAAAUGUUCCUACCGAAAGCCAACAGAUGAGCCAAAGGAGAUCGAUCCACCAAAUCCCGAUUGGUUUGAAAAGCAUUGCAGCAUAUCAAAAUAUUGUCUGCAAAUUUCUAAAUGUGAUGAUCUUUCUUGCUGUGGAAAACUGAGAUAAAAUAUUCGAGUAAUCAUGAAAGAAAGGUACCUCCCGGGACCACGCCUCAUCAAACGAAGUACAGAGAGUGGUGUGCAGUUGGCCAGUAUUGGAGAGCAACCUGUCAAAGAGAAAAAGAUCUACACCAAUCUUCUCCAAACCUUGGCAUUGUCACACUUGAAACCUAGUGGUUAUCAGGAAAUUGGUUUACCAUACGACUUGUUCUGCCCAUCUGUUCAGAAAAAACUUGCAGAGAAAGAUGGCAGUAGAUACCAAUGUGAAUUCGUGAAAUGCAAAAAGAUCUUCACUACUCUCGAACUUGCCAAAUCGCACCUUAAGAUAACUGGUCACAAGAAGUUGGCAAUGAAAGCCGCAAGAAAGGAUGAAAUGACAGAAGAGUAA